AUGACGGUCGGACUUAACCCACAGUUUAACCAGAUCGGUCUGGAGUUUGUUCAGAUGUACUACCGCCUUCUGGAACAAGACAGAAAUGGACUUGCUAACUUCUACAAUGAUCAGAGCAUGAUGACCUUUGAAACUUUUACAUACACUGGACAGAAGCAGAUUAUGGAGAAAUUAUUGUCGAACCCACCGUCCAAAUAUUCCAUCCUUACCUGCGAUUGCCAGCCUACACCUAACAAUGGCGUGAUAGCUUUUGCAAUUGGUGAUGUGGCGAUCGACAAUGGUCCACCGAUGAGAUUCGCACACAUUGUACAAUUGUUCCCCAAUGGAAAUAGCUAUUUUGUUCUUAAUGACAUAUUCAGGCUGUGUAUAGGAUGA